CUGACCACAAUGAAUACCCACGACGAUUUACUCCACUGGGCGCUAGCAAAAGGCGUUCAAUCAAAUGGGAUCUUACUUCAGGCAAUUUGCGGCAGAGGCGUCGGAAUUGUUGCAGCACGGCCACUCGAGGCGGGAGAGGUCCUUCUGACCGUCCCAGCGGAGGCUUUCCGCACUCUGCAUACUGUGCCCAAACAUAUCUCUCGGAAGCUUCCACGAGAUAUUUCCCUCCAUGCACUCUUGGCAACGUGGCUCGCUUUGGACAACAGGUCCGACUUCGCACCCUGGAAUACUAUGUUUCCGACCCUGCCCGACUUCGAGGCCGGUACUCCGCUCCUGUGGCCAGAAGAACUCCAGGAUCUCCUCCCUAAGCCUGCCAAGGAUAUCCUGAGGAAACAGCAGUUCAAGUUCCAGCGAGACUGGGACAUUGUCUCAAAGACCUUCCCAGAUAUCAGCCGCGAGAAGUAUUUGUACUCUUGGUUACUCGUCAAUUCGAGGUCAUUCUAUUAUACAACUCCAAGAAUGGAGAAACUUCCCCACGACGACAGGCUGGCUUUGAUGCCGCUAGCAGAUCUGUUCAACCACGCAGAUAGCGGCAUUGAAACGAGUUUCUCGCGACAGAGCUACACCUUCACGACAGACCGCGCAUACCGCGAGGGUGAGGAGAUUCAUGUCUCCUAUGGUGGGCAUUCCAAUGACUUCCUCCUCGCUGAGUAUGGGUUCGUACUGGCGGAGAAUCAGUUUGAUGCCGUAUAUCUCGAUGAGCUAAUUCUCCCACGCUUAAACAAAGAGCAGGAGGAUGCUUUAAAGGACAAAGCGUUUCUAGGUAACUAUACGCUGGAUCGAGAGACACCAGGGUGUUUCAGAACGCAAGUGGCAUUGCGGAUAUUUUGCUGCACACGGAAGGAAUGGGAACGUUUUACAGACGCUGAGGUUGAUAGCGAGCGCUCUCAGCGCAGGGUCAAUGUUCUAUUAGUGCAACUCCUGGGUCGAUUCGUGGGGGAGAUUCACCAGACCCUGGGGGAGAUAGAAAAGCUAAAUGUGGGUCUGGAGUGUCAACGAAAACUUCUCGCGCAAAGGUGGAAGCAAAUAGAGACCAUGGUCACACAGACGCUAAAACGUCUCAGCAAUUGACCUG